AUGAGCUCUGCUGCAUCUUCAUCGGGAUCCGUCAACGGCCGUGCACCACACACAAACGGCACCGCCCCCCACCCUGAAGUCGGGACGUCCACCACCCCUUUUUACGAGCAAAACACGGCCUCACCAGCGUCGACAAGCUACCCAGUCAAUGGUUUCUCGCACACGUACACCAAAAUGUCUACCGCCUCCACGCCGUCAUCUUGUCGCGGUCUCCCUAUCUCGCCCAUUCCAUGUCAACUUCUCCACAGGCAACCGGCCAGAGGGUCAUAUACGUCAAUCUCGAUCAUGAACCCGAGGUCACUCAAGAGGCCAGAAAAUGCCAGGGCCGUUCUUGCCGCUGGGUGUCUCCUCGGUGGUAUGGACGACCUUUGCCAAUACGCCUACGAAGUCUGCCGCAGGUCCUUGUCCGUGGAAACCGUCGGUGCUUGGCUUCAGUUCCUCGACACCAGCCCGCCUUCAACAGAUGGCACGAUGACGCCCGUCACACCAGAGGCACCUGCUCCGCCUACUACAGUCUUCGGACAUUACGCCCAGAGGCUGCGAGACGACGUCUUCCAUUUCCUUGUCGUCACGCUACCCGAGGUUCUGGAAGUCCGCCAACCACAACCAGAUGCCUCUGGGAGAACCGGUCGUGAUGUCUUGCUCCAAGUGUAUGCCCAAGUCCCAUUCGAGAUGUUUAAAUCUGCCGUCGAAUCUCCAACAUUCAAUAUUGGGCCCGAUCAGGAUCGCUUCGCUUUUGCAAAGGCCGCCAUCGAGUUGCGCAAACGCGGGAUCGCUCGAGGCACUGAAGAAGCGGUCGUCCUUGCCUUCGGCGCAAACAGCUCCACCGGUGGGAGUGCCGUCCACAUUACUCGCAAGACACGCAGACGCCAAUUGUGGAAGGUCAAUUCGUAG